GAACACUGGUUUUAAUAAUGAAAUUUCUAUAAAUUUGCUUUAGGGCACAAAAACUAUAGAACCGGCUCUACCAAAGGACCGGUGUACCAGAUUUUAUGAAUAUGGUGUUGAUCACACAUACCAAAUUCUAUUACUAUAUUUCGAGUAUCUAGCAUUAUUUUGCGAUUUUUUGCGAUUUUGGGAAUGAGUAUUUUUUGCGAUUUUGCAAUGAGUCGAGAAAAAGAGACGCGAUUUUAUUUGGGCGUUUACAGAGGCGGCGAGAAAGUUAGUGGCAGGGUUUGUAAUUGAUAGUAGUGGAGGUUGGGCAUUUGAUAAAAUUAAAAAUAAUUUUAAAACGGCUAGAUUUGUGGACUACUGUACUGUGUAUGCAAAAUAAAAUCUCCCGUCUAGUCAAAUCAAUCAGACUUACUUACACACAAAGCAAAUUUGUCUGACAAAAAAAUGCAAAUCAAACUUUAUUUUUGAAAUCGAAAGGAAGAAACUUUUUGAGAGAAAAUGGCAGAGAAAGGCAAGAUUUUUGAACAGUUUAGUAUCUCUUCCCAUAUAUUUCUUUAUGAACCCUAACUAAAGAGACGAAGACACAAAACUCUGAUUUUGGGGAAAAAAAAACGAAAAUGAUGAACACUUGUUGUUCGGAUGAAGUGUUGUCUUCUUUGCGUUCAGAGAUUACUCUUCCGGGUCCGGUGGAGACUUUGUUAGAGAGAAUAUAUGGGAAACACAAUCUUAGUCCUAUCAAAGUGGAGACAAGGCGGAAGCUUUCUUCGAUUUCUGAGGAAUUGGCUUUGGAGACUCUCAGGAAAGUUUUCAAUAAGCCGUGUGUGAAUUCCCUAGAUGGGCUAAUCUUGUAUAUUAUUAAAGAUGCGGCCACUGUUGAUGGCUCUCCACGGCUGAGUUCCGUCGAGUCUCCGGUACCCUCUCCUCCUAGAACUCCUGGGAAGAAAAGUUGCAGGGGCUCUCAACAAGCAGAAGUGUUGUCUCUUGAUAUGGAAACUCCCUCUCCUAAGUUGUUGAGAAGAGAAGAGAAUAGAGGGUCUAAGCACAUUCCUCCACUGUUAGCUCUUGGCGAACUUGAAUUCAAGAAGAUGUUUUUGUUGCUUAGCUAUAUUGGAGGGGAAUCCCUAGAUGAGGUUAUUACCGGUGAUCAGAUCAGAGAAUGGAAGGAUUUGCCAAUGGUUUCUUAUGAAGAAGCGGUUUGGUUCGGGUUGGGACAGCGUUAUUGUUCCCCAAAGGAGCGAAGAAGGUCACUUGGAGGGGAUAGUGGGAAGACUCAUUACUAUCAGUGUCAUGUUGCUCCCGAUGGUAGUUACAAAUUCAAGGGUCAUCUUCUGGAGAACACUGGAACACACCUGCACAAGGUUUUGGGUGAUGAUAAUGUUUUAACCGUCAAAUUCGAUGACGUGUCAGGCGUGGAAACCAAUUGUAAUAACCUCUACUCUACAUACAAAGGGAUUGCUAAGAAUGGUAUCAUGGUUGGUUUACGUCGUUAUCAAUUUUUUGUUUUCAAAGAUGGAGGGAAAGAAGGGAAGAAGAAAGAUUUUUCUACAAAGGGAGUUAGAUGCUACUUUAUACGCACGGGCUCUACAGCGUUGAGUGAUAUGGAAAAUCCUUAUAUCCUUGACGGGAUGUCAAUCCAUGAAGCUCGCAUGCGUUUUAUGCAUGUGCAUAAUUUGCCAUCUCCGGCGAACUAUAUGGCACGGUUUUCUCUAAUUCUGUCAAAGACUAAAAAGGUUGAAGUGGAUAUGAAUGGGAUUACCUUUGAGAAAAUCGAUGAUAUACACUGCCUUGAUCAAGAUAAUAAUGAUGUUCUUGAUAAGAAUGGGAAACCAUAUAUACAUUCAGAUGGAACUGGCUACAUCUCUGAAGACCUUGCUCGGAUGUGUCCAAUUAUCUGUAAAGGAAAAUCUGUUAGAAGUAACAAUGUUCAGGGACCCUGUGGCGAAGACCCGCCUCUGCUGAUCCAGUUUCGGAUGUUUUAUAAAGGCUAUGCUGUUAAGGGAACUUUUCUCUCAAACAAGAAACUUCCUCCUCAGACUGUCCAGGUUCGACCUUCUAUGAUCAAGGUGUAUGAAGAUGAGACCUUGCUAAAUUUUAGAACUUUUAACUCCCUGGAGGUAGUCAAUACAAGUAAUCCACCAAAAAUGACGAGGCUGUCAAGAAAUUUGAUUGCACUGCUUAGUUAUGGAGGAGUCCCUGAUGACUUCUUUUUGAAUAUAUUGCUCAAAACGUUGGAAGAGUCUAAAACCAUAUUCUACAGUGAACGUGCUGCGUUUAAAGCUGCCAUUAAUUAUGGGAAUAUGGACGACCAGAACAUUGCAGAAAUGAUCUUGGUUGAAAUCCCCCUUGACGAACCACACUUGAAAUAUCGCCUGUCGAUUCUCUUAAAUACAGAGAAGAGUGCUCUAAAAGAAGGAAGGCUUCCUAUUGACGAAUCAUACUAUCUCAUGGGUACGGUGGAUCCCACCGGAAAGCUUAAGGAUAAUGAAGUCUGUGUCAUUCUCAAGUCUGGCCAAAUCUCUGGGGAUGUGUUGGUUUAUAGGAAUCCUGGAUUACAUUUUGGAGACAUACAUGUACUUAAGGCUACAUAUGUCAAGGCCUUAGAAGAAUAUGUUGGAAAUUCCAAGUAUGCUGUGUUCUUCCCUCAGAAAGGUCCAAGAUCCUUGGGCGACGUGAUUGCAGGUGGUGACUUUGAUGGCGAUAUGUAUUUUAUAUCCAGAAAUCCCCAGCUACUUGAACACUUCAAACCAAGUGAACCGUGGGUUAGUUCUUCUAAACCGAGUAAAAUCUACUGUGGUAGAAAGCCAAGUGAACUAUCACAAGAAGAGUUGGAAGAAGAGCUUUUCAAAUUGUUCUUAAAUGCACGAUUUUGUAAGAGAGACGUUAUAGGGAUGGCUGCAGAUAGCUGGCUAGCAAUAAUGGACGGCUUCCUCACCUUAGGAGAUGAGAGUGCGAAGGAAAAAUAUGAAAGGAACAAAAAUAUGCUAAAGUUGUUUGAUAUAUAUUAUGAUGCUCUUGAUGCACCCAAAAAAGGUGCUAAGGUCGAUCUCCCACCCAACCUACAGGUCGGCACAUUUCCACAUUACAUGGAUCAUAAAAAAAAGAUAAUCAAGUCCACUUCUAUUCUUGGAUUAAUCUAUGACACUGUAGAAUACCACAAUGCAGAGAUACCCCUACCAUCCAAAAUCAGUAAACUCACGUGUUUAGAAGAUGAGCCGGUCCCUGAGUCUCACAUGGAGAAAUGUGGACGCUGGUACGAGAACUACAGAGAUGAUAUGAGCCAGGCGUUGAUGGAAAAGGAUGAAAAUAAGAAGAAGAAACUAACCAGUGAAGUUAACCAGAGAUACCAGCAGGAUUUCUAUGGUGCUGCAGGGUUUGAAGACAGCAAGAUAAGCCUGGAAGAACUCUAUACCAAAUCCUUGGCACUUUACAACAUUGUUUACGACUACGCCAUCAAAAAGAACAACGCUAGUUAUUGUGGAUUUGUCUGGAAGGUUGCAGGACCAGUCCUGUGCAGAAUUUACCUGAAGAAAACGCAGGAGAAAUCAUUAGUGGCUUCAACCUCUAUGCUUAAAAAGCUUUUGGGUUGAACACACCUACUUGUCCUGUUUGUUGUCUUCGUGUCUCAUAAGAUGCGCAUUAGGCAAGUAUCUGACCUAAGUAGCCUAACUUUUAGGUCAAGCUAUGUGGUGUAGUAUCUGUGCUUUAGUUAUAAUCUUAGAUUUGUCCUGUAGUGUCAAAUAAAUUCCGUGUGUAAGUUUGCUUGUGGAAUAAAUUAAAAAAACCAUGUAUAAAUAAGAUUAAGUUCAUAUUUAAUUUCAUUUAAUUGUACGUGGCAACUUUAGAGUCCAUGUGGUGUACAGAGCUGUCUUCUUCAGUGUGACACCUCUAUGCAUCCUCAAGCUUCCAUUUGGAUUUUCCACAGCCUUCUUCCUUCCAUUACUAUAUUUUUCAAGAAAAGUAGGGAAAGUUUCUUCUUUGUGAUACGUGAAAAAAACUACCUUCUUUUCGUUUUUGUUUUUGGGAUUGUGUUCAUUGAUCCUUUCAAGAUGGAGAAAGUGACCAACUCGGAUUUGAAAUCCUCCGUCAAUGGUGGCGUUGUUGAUGUGUACGGAGAAGAUUCAGCUACCAUUGAGCACAACAUAACUCCUUGGUCUCUCGCUGUUUCUAGUGGGUACUCGUUGCUGAGAGAUCCUCGCUACAACAAAGGACUUGCUUUCACUGAGAAAGAGAGAGACACACAUUACUUGCGUGGUCUUCUCCCUCCAGUUGUUCUUGAUCAAAAGCUUCAGG